CCGGCUUCUUCUAAUCGCAAAGUCGCUUCCUCAUAGCCGAGGAGAACUAGGCCAGACACCAUGUCAGCACAAGCUGGUGAAAAACUACCAACAUCGAAAUAUCAAUGCUAUCAUGAAUUUCAUGAGGAAGCUUAUGACGUUGGGGUUGUCGAUGACGACGGUGCAGUCCUCUAUGAAGAACCUUACGGCGGCCUUCUGAAUGAUAUUGUGCGAUACAAUGAUGUGGCUAAAUUAGCCCAAUAUUUGGAGAACAGUGCUCGUGCUACCUUCGGUCAUGUUGAGGUACACUACUGGGACCCAUUUUACGUUGCUGCAGAGUCUGGGAGUACUAAAGCACUUUGCCUUCUUCUUAAAUAUUACAACGCUCAUUUAACCGACGCUGACAUGAUACCACUUGCAAAACGAAAAUUUCGGCUGCUUAACGUGGCGUGCUUAAAUGCUCGGGUCGAGACUGCUCUAUUUCUUUUGGAUACCCAACCUGCACUGGCAAGCCUCCACGCCAGAGAUGAUUCUAGCAUGUGGCGUAAAGAUGGCAACACCCCACUGCUCUCAACUGCUUUUUCCUUCACAUAUUGGCCACCCGGCUUCGAGCCGGAAGAUGACCUUGCAAUCAGUUCCCAACAGACUCGUGCUGAAGAGCUCAUGAAUCAGCUCCUUGACAGAGGAGCUUCUGCUCGAGAUGUGUUGACAUCUGAUCUCAAUGGACAAGAUAUUUCAUACACAGUCCUCAGCUUGGCUAUUUCGAGAGCCAGUUAUGAUUUAGUAAAACGACUCAUUGCCGAAGGUGCGGACAUGCACGCUACGACAGUACAUUGGAUCAAUUUCUUUUCAAGUCAACCUGAGGAUGAAAUAGCACAUGGUGUUACUCCACUUCAUCUUGGAAGUCUUCAUGCGAAUCUUGACGGUGUCCAGGCCCUGUUUGAUCAUCGUGGGGAUAAGGCUACUGUUGCGGAAAUGGUUUUGUUCAGCGACAGCGCCGGUCGUCUGCCCCUUCACUGGGCUGCACGAGGAGCUGAUGCUCCAGAACAUUACUAUAUGCUUCCUCGUAAUGAAAUUGUUACACAGGUGGCCAAUACAAUCAAGCUACUUUUAACCAUCGAUCAGGACACAAUCAAUGCUCGAGAUCAUAAAGGGUACAAUGCUUUAUGGUAUGCAGUCUUAGGCUUCAGAGAACGUAUUAAUCAGCAUUUGAGUGUUUUGAAAAUCUUAUUUGAGUAUGGAGCAGAUGGAAAUAUAUGCAAUCAAGAUGGUCUAAAUAUGUUGCAUUUGUUAGGAUUCACACAGGAUGGUGAAGCUAUAGAUCCAGUGAUAAUAGAACGCCUGGUGGCUCAUGGUGCCAACAUCAAUGAUAUUGAUAUACAUGGAAAUACCCCACUCAACCAAAUGGCGAUAAACUUACGUCAAGUCGACGCUGUGCGGGCUCUGCUUAGCUGUGGCGCCUGCAUGAGGGUGAAGAAUUCAAGAGGCGAUACACCACUUCACCAGGCUGCACAGGGGAAGGUGUUUCCCAACAAGUACGAACAGGAUAUUGAUUGGCACGUCCCGCUGGAUGCAAAGAUUAGAGCACAAGAUGAGAUGAUGAAAGCCUUAAAAGAAGCCGGUGAUGAGCUUAGCAUGAACGAAAAGAAUGCAGAUGGCAAGACACCACAACAGUUACAGGAGGAAACGCGAAACAAGUGGCGCCACGAAGAGCAGGAACGGUUGAGCCGUAUAUCAACCAAUCAUCGAUGAGCCAUGACUGCACAGCCCCAGUUUCCAGAUUAAGACGGCGCCAGGAUGUAGAAUAGAAUGGUGAGAAAAUCGUUAUAUAAUGCAAUGCUUCGAAUGUUAUAGAUAAUCAAGGCUGAGGUGUAUACAGACUAUUGGGAACGACACUGAGUAAUUAUUUUGCUACGCAUUAUGACACUUGGCAAAAUGAAGCACGCAGGAC